AUGUCCCACAGGGCGCGAAGGGGGCAGGAGGAGGAGGAGGGGGCGGAGGAGGAGGCGGCGAGGGGCAGCCAGGCGCGGCCCAAGAGCCAUCCGGAGCCCGCGGCGAGCGGCGGCAGGACGCAGGACCGGCAUGAGAGGAAACGGAAGAGGCAGGAGGCGCAGCAGCUCCAGAAGCUCCAGCACCUGGAGUCCUUCUAUGAGAAACCUCCCCCAGGGCUAAUUAAGGAAAAUGAAACAAAACCAGAAGACUGCAUACCUGAUGUGCCAGGCAAUGAAAGUGCACGAGAAUUCCUGGCACAUGCCCCGACGAAAGGGCUUUGGAUGCCUUUGGGAAAAGAAGUCAAAGUCAUGCAGUGUUGGAGGUGUAAACGUUAUGGACACAGAACAGGAGAUAAAGAAUGCCCAUUCUUUAUUAAAGGCAAUCAGAAAUUGGAACAAUUUAGAGUAGCACAUGAAGAUCCAAUGUACGAUAUAAUAAGGGAAAAUAAACGUCAUGAAAAAGAAAUGAGGAUACAGCAACUGAAGCAGCUCCUGGAGGACUCUACCUCAGAAGAUGAUGAUGAUAACAGUGAUGACAGCGAUGAGGAUGAUGAAGAUGGCAGCAGCUCCACUUCCUCAGAAUGUAGAGAUAAACACAAGAAAAAAAAGAGAAAGAAGGAAAAGAAAAAAAAAGAAAAGAAGAAGAAGAAAAAGAGAAAGCGUAAAUCGUCUAAAUCUAAUGAGAAAUCGGAAUCUGACUGAAGGCAGUCACCUGAUGCGUGCUCAUUGACCACUACUUGUGAACUGCAAGGAGAGAUCCAAAGAAUGAGGAAGAAAGCACCAGAAAGGGCUUUAUUAAACUCAGAUCAUACAGAUGGAUACAUACAGCAUCCUACACUGGCUGUCCUCUUCUGCCCCUCUGCAGUGCUGCAGCCAGAAAGGAGAGAGCUGCACUAAACAACACUCAAUCAACCCUAUCUUUACACUGUAAAACCUGUGCUAAGGGUCAUCUGUCUUGGUCAAACUGGGCCUCUGUUGCCACAUGUGACUAUCAGCAGAAAGCAGUGACUACUGAGGUAUCACCAACAAAUCUGCAGAAUUCAACAGACUGUCUAUUGAAGUGUCUUUUCUCCAUGAAGUUAUUUUAUUAUAUGCAAUGCCUCAUUGUAAUGGGACUGCAGUAUGCACCGUGCAGAGCACUGACAGUUCACUUACAGUGCUUAUAAUAAGCAGGUUGUACUGUAUUUUUUUUUCUCUGCAUACUGUCUAUGUGCUGAAGUUCAUUGUACUUAUCCUAGUACUGGCAGCUAGGGAAAUAAAGAGCACUGUUGAAGGGGGAAAAAAUUGAGCAAGGGGAUUUACUUUAAGACAAAAAAGCAGUGUCAGCAAGACUUGGUGGUUUUUUUUGUGUAGCAAAAUCUCAUGAUCAUCAUCACCAUUUAUACACACAGUUCUGCAAUACCUGAAGUGUUCUCCAAACCACAGGAGUAGGAGCCAAGUGUAACGAUGUUAGAUGUUCAACUUUAUUGUGAAGAAGUAGUGUUUUUAGUUAUUUACAAAGGGGUUUUCAUGUUAGAAAUGAAAAAGAGUAAUUUCUACGUAUACUUCAGUAUCAGUUGUUUUGAUACAUUUGAGGGGUUUUUUUCCUUUUAAAAAGGCUUGGGGAAGUAAGCUCCAACUUAUUUUUUGUGUUUACUAGAAUUACUUUAUGUAGUACUAUUUUAUGAAUCAUCCUACAAGAAUAUAAAUGAGCAAGGCUUUCAAAAUGGUUUUCAACUAUAUGCAUGUAAGCCACAGAACACUAGUAAAGAACUUGUAAGCAGGAAGAAGGGAAGGUUCUGUAUACUUAAUUGACCUUGUGGACUGACCCCACUUUUAAAUAAUCUUGCAAGGCAGACUUGACUAGAAAGAUUGAGAUAGCUAUAAACUGCAUUAAAGUAAGCAGCUGUUUUUGAAACAUCAAGGUAGAGUGGUACAAAGCUGCUAUUUGAGGACCUAAGUGAUGGAUAUUGGUAUUCUGCAAAAGGAGAAAGGAAAAGGGAGGACUUACAUAGAACGUAGUCUCUGUGCUUAUAUUGGAAAAAAAAGCAUGAUAGAGCUCUAACAUAGUAGAGUGUGCAUUAACAGUGGAAUUAAGGAACCAUAGACUAAAAUGCAUUUAAGACUUUUUUUUUUUUUCUCCUGAGAACUUUGGAAAAGAGGA